ACUAAUUUGACGUUUUUCUGUUACAGAACGUCCUGCUUCUUUCCUCCAAUCUCCUCCUCCACGUGCUUCCAUCGGCCACGGUGCCGCCACGUGGUUUUGGGAUCAUAUCAUCACUGUACAGUAAUCUCAUGUUAAUUUCCCCAUUAUUCCCCUGCCAAGAUAAUUCCUCAGUCAGAAUCCGCCUACAGUCGUAAAUGUCACUGGACAGCUGAUAUCUAUCUGUACCACUCAGAGGCUUCAAAGCCGCAGACAAUUCCUGGAAUGUGAUGCAGGUUUGAAUGCCCAGGGGUCGAAUGUGGCCGCCAUAGGAGGAGGGGGCGGGGAGCUUGUGUUGUGACGUAACAGAGGAGGCAAAGUAUAAAGUUCAGACAGCAGCAGUAAAACAAGCAGAUCAGCAGCAGCAAGUGAGCAGACAGUAGUUUCUCCCUGCAGAGGCUCAUCCACAACACAUCAGCCAUGCCCACUCACAGCAGCCUUCUCCUUCUGGUCACUCUGUGGGCCUCGGUUCAGGACGGUUUGGGUCUCCCGGUUGUGAAACAGGCAGAACCAGAAGCCGUCGACGGCGUGCGGACUCACCGGGUGAGAACCAAGCGCUGCUCCUGCAGCGAGCUGCUGGACACCGAGUGCCACUACUUCUGUCACCUGGACAUCAUCUGGGUCAACACACCCAGUAAGACAACGGUUUAUGGCCUAGGCGGAGGCUUGCUGCGGCGCAAAAGGUCCGCCGGGCGCUGCUCCUGUGCCCGGCUCGGCGACAAGACCUGCACCGAUUUCUGCCAUUUCCGUAAUGAGAUCCGGUCUAAGAAGAAACCUCAGCUUGACAUGCUCCACAUCAUGAGAACGGCAGCCAAUAACUCGAAGCGGGAAGUAGACACGGGGCGUGCAGGCAGAGAACAGUCGUCCCAGGCUAAGAGGGAGAACGUGUGAUGAACGGGGGAAGCUGGAGAAGCAGUGAGAGCGCAAGAGGAAGAAAGAGGGAGCAGAAAGCGAGCACCUGAACAAAUUCCACUCCUCCAGCAGAGAGGUCGCUAAGGGAUGAGUUCGAUCCGGGAAGGCCGCGUGUUGUUCUGUUUGUGCCUGUAAAUCGAAGGCUGGAAGUACGUGCCCGAGGUCUACAGGUACGCGUCGGAAACAAAAGUGGAGGAUCAUCAGAGGUGGAGAUGCAACCGGGUUAUUUUUAACUCCGGAUGAGGGAACUGAAGCGACUGAGUCACAGGCCCUAAGAAGCAGAACGCAAGUUCGAAUACAAGCAUGGAAAUAUGGGACAUGCAUGGAUUUUUGUUUGUUUGUUUGUUUUUAGUUCAAUCUAACCAAUUUAUUUUAUACAAUUUAAAGAUUAAAAUCUGUUAAAUCGAAUGAAUAAACUGAUUGAUUGAUUGAUUGAUUGAUUGAUUGAAUAUAAUAUGUCGGUAUGAAUUAGCCUUUAUCAUACGACUGAUUGCUUAAGGGAAUUUAUUCUUGUUUGUUUUGGUAAAUCAUACUUAUAUCUGUAAAGCGUCAUUAAAAGAUCAAUAAAAACAAGGUUAGACACAC